AUGUCUUCCAUAAACUUUGAUUCAACCUGGAUAUGGCAUCCGGACUGGGUUGAAGAUCCAACCUCGUCGUCUGCGGGUGGCUUCGUCAACUUCAGAAGGGAGUUCGUUCUCGAUCAUAUCCCCCAAAAUCCUGUCAGAGUACAGAUCUCGGCCGACACUAGGUAUAAGCUCUACAUCAACUCUCGCUUCAUCCACGCCGGCCCCGUCAAGGGUGACCAGCAGGCCUGGUUUUUCGACGAGUUAGACAUCCAGCCACACCUGCAGCCUGGCACGAACCAUGUCGCCAUACGCGUGCUGCGAUUCUACUACGCCAGCCGGUUCGCGUCAAGCUUCCCAAGAACCCCCUUUCCUGGCCUUCUCAUCAGGCAGGUUCCACGCGACGACGUUGAUGUACGCAACAUUGACAUCCACACCAACGAGUCUUGGGAGACAACUAUCGACGUAUCAGCUCGGUUGCCCAAUGAUAUGAAAGAUGAUGAUUUCCUUCACGUGUUCGAGGAUAUAGACAGUCGACGCCGCCAGUAUCCGAUAUGGGUGCCCGCCACCAUCCAGAAGUUCCUAACUUCGUUUGGGCUUGCUACGCCAUGGAGGCUGUCGCCGCGGUUGAUUCCAUAUCCGCAACUAGAACCAACUGCUUUCAAAGCUGUACACAACAUACGAAGUUCCGAGACUCGCUCAUCAUGGGAAAGUAUGCUUCUGCAGCCGGAGGGAGGGAAACCCGAUAUGAGUGUCUUGCUUCCCGCUGGCACUGUACAUCACGUCGAGCUCGAAGUCGAACAUCACAUGACUGCUUAUAUAGCCUUCCGGUUUUUGAGACCUGUGGCUGGCGGAAGUAGCUUGGUCGUCACGUACUCUGAAUGCUACGAGGACGAGCCGGUUCAAUUACCAUAUGUUCGCGUUAAAGGUGAUCGUCGUGACACCUCCAUGCGCCUGUUCGGGCCCAGGGACCGCUACGUCUUUGCCGGCCCUCUUGAACCUGGGGCAGCUACGCAGCACUACGAAGCGGAAGAGAAUGAGGAGUAUUUUGCUCCCUUUCACUUCCGUACAUUUCGAUUCAUGGCCUUGGACAUCCAAGUUGCAAGCGGUGCGGACCUUGUCCUACAGCGAAUCGACAUCACCAAGACAAACUACCCUCUACAAGUAGUUGCUGACGUUAAUCCGCCACCCGACGCUCAGUGGGCUAGGGAUUUAUGGACCGUCAGCCUCCGGACCCUUAUCAACUGCAUGCACGAUUGCUACGAAGACUGCCCUUUCUACGAACAACUACAGUACGCAAUGGACACGCGAAGCUCUGCACUUUUCACUUAUUGUAUUUCUGGGGAUGACCGCCUCGCCCGACAGGCUAUCAUGCAGUUACAUAAUUCCUUCCAGCCGGCAAUUGGUCUGACGGCCAGUCGUGCACCGGCGCAUCAUCUCCAGAUUAUCCCUCAUUUUUCACUGUUUUGGGUCUGCAUGGUCGUGGACCACUACGACUAUUUCGGGGAUGCAAAAUUUGUCAAUAAGUUCCUGUCAAUGAGUUAUGCGGUCUUGGAGACAUUCAACAGCCGUAUCGACGCCAAACUCGGCCUAGUACGUAGCGUUGAGGCCUUGGAUCAGUGGGAUUUCGUCGACUGGGUUGACGCAUGGAAACCCUUCGGGAUCCCACCAGCUGCGCGAAGAACUAGCUUUCAGACGUUCACUAAUUCUCUGUAUGCCUAUACUCUCAAGCGUCUGGCUGCGAUGUUGAGUGACAUGGGCCGAGAAAAUCUGGCGGGUGCAUACAACGCGCAAGCAGAUAUCAUCGUACGAGCUAUUCAAGAUCACUGCUUUGAUGGUCAUUAUUUUACGGACGGCCUUGCAAGGCAAGCUGAGUCGACAGACUAUAGCCAGCACAACCAAGUGUGGGCAGUUCUAUGUGGAGCAGUCUCUGAUGAGAGAGGUGCGAAUCUUCUGACUCGGUCACUAGCCACCGCAGACACGCAAACAAACCUACGCUCAGAUUCUGACCCACCAGGAACGCAAUUGAGCUUACGGAACCGGAUCCUCACUCCCACGUCCACUGCAAUGUCAUUCUACACCUUUCGGGCUUUAUCACAGGUUGGAAGAGGCGUUUACGAGGCGCAUUUCAGUCGUCUUUGGGACCCGUGGCGAGCUCAACUAGCGCAGAAUGUCACCACCUGGGUCGAAGACAACGUAUCACAACGUUCCGAUUGCCACGCCUGGGGCAGUCUGCCGCUGUACGAGUUUAUUGCCGAAGUUGCUGGAGUUAAGCCCACCGCGCCUGGCUGGGCAGCCAUCUCAUUCAAGCCUCGGCUCAACCUAUUCCGAACACUAGACGUCAAGGUGCCAUUAGGAGGAACGCCGGGGUCCAGAGUCGCCCGGGUGCAAUGGACCACAUACGAUGGAGAUGCCAAAGUGAAGGUGACCCUAUCCGUAGAGUUCUUGCCCGGAGCGGGUCUGGAUGGCGAUAUCAAGUUGCCUAUCUACGUCAGCCUGCCCGAUGGGCGCAGUGAGACGAUUCACGGUCCUGGGAUCGCAGAGUUUGACAUUGACGUGGCAGCAGCCGCCCGAUGA